CUUCCCCUAUAUAUAUAUAUAAACCCUAUAUAUCAUCUUCUCCACCAAACAAACAGAAAGAGAGAGAGAGAUGGAAUCGAGUCAUCAAGUUCCAUUACACCUAUGCGUGUUCAUAUUCAUCCUCUUGGUGCUGGUAUUGAUUUCUUGGUACGCAAGCUACGAACCCAUCGUGGAGGGAUUCAUGGAGCAGGUGAAGCUCGCUCUAAUGGCGUCUCCGUUGCUGCUACUCCUAGCCGUCCAUUUCCUCUCCAAGGACGACGCUUUCCGACGAGGGCUCGUGCCUCUGAACGAGAGAGAGUCUCUGUACCGAGCCGGAGGCACUCCUUGGGGAGUCGCCUUCCUCCUCGUCUUCCUCUUCUUCAUGCUCUCUUACCAGUCCCAGUUCCAAGAGCGCUGGUUUCCCCUUCUCGCUCGUUGAACUCCAACGGCGUCGUUUUGCUCUUCGUUCAUUCUGUCUUCUGUCUUCUUCUUUCAAUGUUUUCAUUGUAUUUAAUUUUCUACUGUUAUGUAAAUCUUUGCGUUCAUCCAUCACGUUCUGAUUUUCCUCCCCAAAAAAAUGACGAACUAUACUUUGGAUUAGGUUUAAAUGAAUUUGUAGCCCAUAAUGUACGGAUAAUAAAUUGUAAUGUUAUACAACAAUAGGGAUAAAAUCUUGAAAUA